UUUUUUAUAAAUGAUUAUCGCCUAGUAUUUUUACGGGUUUUCCACCGAACUGUAUAAUUUUUUGCAAGCAGAAUUGAAAUAUAGAUCCGCAGCACCCGUCGUCUUCGGGAGUGAUGUUGAGCAAUUACGGUGGGUUUAAGCAGCCCCAGCAAGCCGCUGCCCCACCUGCUUUCAAGGUCGGCGACAAAGUGGUGCGAGCCUCGAAUUUGGUGCAGCACGGAGGAUGUGGAGGAUCAUCUUCGUGGUACCAUCCACCGAUCCCACCCACGGGAGCAGGACCGCAUGUUGAGGCGUUGUGUGUGGUGUCUGAAGUGAAAAUCCCCACCCGACCCGGUUGUGCCACUUACUUCAAAAUUGAGCGAAUGUUCCCGGCUAGCGACGCGAUAAAGCCUAUCCUGAGUAAAAUAAACGCCCCCGCCGCCCCAGAUUUAGCAUGCAAGUCCGCGGCUUCCCUAGAAUUUUUCUGAUGCUGCGCAGCCCCAUGUUGAAAUGCAUUAUCUCAUGGGUUUUUUUUGCAAUUUGUCAUGCUAGUAGAAUCUUCAGAAUAUAAUUAAAGGGGAUGACCGAUAAUUGGUAAUGUUGGGGCUCCAGUAUCUAGAUACGGCUUCGCAGCGAUCUUGAACUUGUCGUGCGCAACAGCCUGCGAAAACCUGUCAAACGAAUCUCAUCUUGAGUUUGGGCGGGAGGUGGGGACGUUUUUACACAGGACAAAGCCAGAAGUCGGGGCCUUCGAAGCGAGGGAGCUGCGGCACGCCACCGCUGACGAGCUUGCGCGGGCCGGCGCGGCCAAGUGCGCCGCCUUCGGCGAACCGCGCCAGGAGCGGGAAGGCACGGUCGGUUUCCUGCGCCAGAUCGCUUGCACGACGAAGCUGCUGAUCCACGGCUAUGGCGACUGGUGGCCCGCGCGCCCGAUGCCAGCAGACAGUCAGACGUCAGCCUACUUUACCUGUUUCAGCCGCAUAGAAGGAGGCGGGCAGCAGGAGCGUGAGAACCGGAAUUCGCCUGACACUAGCGUGGUGCGCUUCAUUCCGAACCACUGUAUGUUUCCCUGUCCGGUGCUGAAGCUCCAGGCUGGCUGCGGCGUGUCCGACUUUCGCCGGUUUGUGCCACUACCGCCAGGACGCACCAGCAAUCAGAUCAAGCACGAAAUAAAAAACGCCUCUUCAUCUUCGAAGUCCACAGGAGCAACGGGGAGCAAGAAGGAUAAAGAAGAAAGUAGCAAAAGUUCUUCCGGGGCAAAAAAAGGCGAUGCUGGAAAGAUAAACAAGGACGUGGACCUGAUAUUAAAGAAAAUCAUUCCGAUCAACGACCAACGCAGCUACGAUUUGCGGCAGGAAGUUGAGAUCGACGCGAGCCAUCUCUGUGUCGCGAGAGUGACUUACCCACAUAUGCGGCCGACGUUUCAGGUGGAUGACCAGCGCACCUACGGACCGGCGCUGAAAACCGAAAAAGCAGAUCUGAAAGCUUUCAUGGCAGAACUGAAAGAUGACUGCGGAAAGAUACAGCAAGACCUCGCUCCGAACGCUUCUCCAGCUUUGACGUGCGGCAUUCUGGCGUUUUCCAACUUCCUCUCGACCGGCAGCACCAUAGCUUCUAAAUCUUUAUCUUCUACUUCAUCUUCUAGCGCGGCUGGUGCAGAUUUUCGGUCCGAAAAAAAUGGUGUUGAGUUCACGACUUUGGAAUGUGGAAGUGGGACGCAGAGCCCCAAGCUCGCAGAUCUCGAACCGACGCUGCCACAGUACCGCUUUGCCGCUCCGGAUCCCUAUUCCGACUUGCAAGACUUGGAGGACGAGCGCUGGGCCGUGGCGCAAAACUUUCACACCUUCGACAAUCGGUUGAUGAAGAACUUCUCGACCACACUGAAUUUGUGCCCUGCAUCCGUGGUCGUUACCCUGGACAAAACGGAGCGCACGGAGGAACUACGUAUUCACUGCAAAAGCAUCGAAAACCUAGUAUGAUUAAACCGGUUCAACGACAUGACUACGAAAUUACUAUGGUUUUAGUCAAGAAGAAAGAUGUAUUUGAUUUCCAGAUCUAGUCGCACAAGAACAACCUGAGGCAUUACAGGAUCGAUAAGAACAAAAACUGUUGUCUCCAUCAGUUUUUAGUAUGGCAAUGAGCUACGAGUUUUAUGUCGGUGCUUCUGCAUUUGAUAUCAUGCCUGCUUGGAAUCUGUGACCAGUUCAACCGGCUGAUUGGCGACUGUUUUUCCGUUGCGGACGAACUGCGGCUACGCGUCCGCAUUUUCCCGGACCACCAUUCAAGCCGGCAAAACACGAUCAAGGGAAUUCCGCGCGUGUCGGAGAAGUUGAUGGCAGAUCGGUAUUUUCACCCAGUGGAGCGAGCAACGGAAGAUGCUGCAGCUACUGGUUCUUUUGGACAUGAUCUUCAGGGGGCACUGCUUCAAGACGACCAAAAGCAAAUACAGAAUAGCGACGACGCGAACGUGGACGACGAUAAUGAGGACAUUCUCGAAGACGCCUCUUCCACCUCAUCCGUACAGGAAAGCAAAUUCGACACGAGUUUCGAUUUGAAAAGCAACGACGAAGACGCGCUCCACGCGCAGCCGAAAAAGUGGACAAAAGCACCGGAGAAACAGCUGCGGGAUUGUUAUCCCACGUACGCAGGAGUUGAUUUGCAUUUGCGUCGAGAGGUGAUCGAGUUUAAUAUUCUGAAUAGUAGAAGUAGCACGCAGAAGAAAAAGUUAAUAGCGCAAGAACAUAGAAUUCUCGUCUGCAGCAAGAAGAAGAACGUUCGGUGGACAAUGCUGAAUAUGCUUUUAUUGUAGGAUGCAUUUGCAUGUAGUUGAUGAUGUCGCGGACGAUCUAUCAUCAUCUUCACAGCAAUCUAAUAUUGCCCAUUCUAGUACUUGCAUUAAAAGGACUGGCCUCGACAGCACAGAGUAGGCCCCUCCUGCUUCAAGUUUGAUAGCUCGCAACGCCGCGCACUGACGUGGAUGGUGGACCAGGAGCGAAAUCCCAAGUCGGUGAGCGUCCUGCAAAGAAAGAUGAUGGACUUGGGUGAGGCGAUGCUGGGCAUCAACAGCGACGCCAAGCUUCUGGAGAAUGCUAUCGGUGUGGAAUUCGAAGUGGAAUACAAGUACAACCUCCGGGGCGGUGUCUUGGCGGACAAGGUCGGUUUCGGGAAGACUGCCACCACGCUCGCGCUCAUGGCGGCCCAGCACGACUUCUUUGCGGUGAAGAAAAACGCGAAAGCCAAGCCGAAGCUCCCCGAGCAGGACGCCGGUUCCUUUUACGACCUGAGCAGCACCACGCUUAUUCUAGUUCCUAGCCAACUCGUACGCACUGCAAAAGUUGCAUCGCGCUCGUGGAGGUAAGAAUCUGUAAUAUGGGAGGACUUUUUUCUACAUGCAGGGCCAGGGAACGAAGCACAACUUGUCUCGCAGAGUGAUGAUCAGGUAGAAGUAGAUGCACUGUCAUGCAAGGCUGCUAUGGCUACGAGUACUACGAGUGCGAUUCUUCUGCAGCAAUGCAUAAAUCGUAGACCAGUGGGAAGCGGAGGUGAAAAAAUUCGGGGAGGAUUACGGGUGGAAAGUGCUGACGAUUAAGACCAUAACCAAGCUGGCCCAGAAGACCGCGCGGGAGUUGGCCGCGUUUGACUUGGUGGCCUGUACCUAUCGGGUCCUGUACUCGAAGGACUACCUGCUCCGCGUGCAGGAUUACCUGGACGCCGAUCCCGAAAAGGAGGUGGGGAAAGAGGUGCAGAAGGUGUCGGCCAACAAGCCCUACCCGGUGCAGACGUUGAAGCGAGUGACGGCGAAACUCAUCGAAGACUGGGACAGGAGCGACGCGGACUACAAAGCUGCCCGGGCCCCGUAUUUCGACACGCGGAUCUAUCUGCGGCAGACUAUUUUUCCUUGCAGAGCCGGCCUGUAUCGGUCCGGAGGCCUUGUUGUUUCGCGCUAGUAACUAGGUUAGGAAUAUGAACAUCAAGUCUGGCGGGAGCAGGGUGAUUUUCAUUUGUGACCUGUUGUUCCGACAGUUUCCAUAUGUACUGAAUAGAGCAAUGAGGUGGGCAGCAAGAUGACAUCGCGAUUGUUGAUGCUUUUUCUUGCAACUGCGCACGAAAUGGUACAAAUCCGAAGCUUUGACUCGAGCAGGAUAAUGGCUCUGCAUUGCAGCUUUCAUCUGGAUACACACCUUAAGAACAGCCCAGCUCUGUACGCCGGGGACAAGCGCUGCAGCAAGACUACCAUGAACAGCAAGUCAAAGACCUCGCUCGAUCUACCAUUCCCGCUGUUAGAGCAAUGCCACUGGGGUAGAUUGGUUUUGGACGAGUUCCAUCUAUGAAAGGCAAAGCAAGGCCCAGCGCUGGUUGUGUUUCCGCAGAAAUAUUUAUUAAGUGCCUGACUCGCCGUUGCCGGCGCAAUAUGCAUCCACGAUCGGGGGGCGGCGCCGCUUCUAGGAGAUUUCUGGCCGCUUGUAUGAUUUCAAAAUAAACCCUACUGCUUCACUGCCCUUCCCUUGGCCAAAAAGCAGCACUGCUGCGCCUUUGCCUUUCAUACCCGGAAGCCGAGGCGCUGAGCGGGCGGACCAACGUGCUGAUGUUCCUGCGGAGCAGCUGCAGAUGGGGGCUGACGGGGACGCCGUGCGUGCAGUCGGCGGAAAGCGUGCGGACCAUGGGCGGCCUGUUCGGCAUGGACCUGGCCACCACUGGAGCAGACGCGGAGUGGUUCGCCCCUACGGGCCCGCAGCCGCCGCCCGUGCGCUUCAAGGGAACCGAGAAAAUCGACAACGAUCACAAGCCGGGGAACCCAAAUAAAAUCCUGCGGGCGCCCUGCGUGUCGUCCGUUGUGGUCCAGAACUGCAAAAAUUUUCUGUCCACGCUUUUCCGCCAAAACGCCAAGUGCGACGACGUGGAGAAUAUCAGAGUGGUACUUUCGACGAACAGCAGUAGUCUCGUUUGUUUGGAGGUCCUGGCUUCGCGUUGACUGGAAGUUGCUCUGAAAGUGGCUCCUGUCAGCAGAUCUACCCUUGCAUGCUACUUACUACCUACAAAGAAAUUUGACUGACCAAUAACCCUGAAGAUAUGCUCCUGGCGCAACAACACACAGAACGCCACGCAAUUUCAGUGGAAAUCAAUAAACCUCAAAAACAGGUUUCGCGUGAGAUAGCGGUCGCGCAGACGCACGCUGAGCGGCUCUUGUACGAAAAGGAGAAGCAGGACCUCGAGGACGAACACAGUUCCGGCCCAGAUUUGUUUGACUUCGCCGCCAAGGACAUUGACGAGGAGAAACUCGCGCGGGACGCUUUCACGCAGCUCAUCAAGCUGUGCAGCCACCACGCGGCCGACGAAGCAGAAGGCACCGCAGCGGACGCGAUGAAGACCCGCCUGAAGAAAGCGCUGGCGGAACUGAAAUCCGAGGCACUACAAGUCCGGGACCACUUUGCGCGUGUGGAGGUAUGCCGGCGCUUGCUCAUCUUCUGCCAGCAGCGACGGGCGUUACGGAUCGGCACGAUCGGUGCGAGCAAAGCGGUGCAGACCACUUUUUCCAAGUGUGCUGCGCUUUCCUCAUCAUCUUCAUCUUCCGCCAUGGCAGCUGCAAGAACUGGUGUGUUGCCCACGAGACUGGUGUCAACAACUGCAGCGUCUUCUUUAUUUACCUGCAGCGCCGAUCCUCCGGCGAAAGUAGAUGAAGUGGAAGGGCGAGGCGAGAUGUUGAUGUCAUUGUUUCCUCUAACCGAGGAGCAGCUGCAAGCUUGUCGAGCCAGUGCGGCGCAAUUAAAAUCGCAGCUCACGGGUGCCUCUGCUGGUGUCCUCCUCUUGGAUGGCAAUGGGGUGGAAGAUGUUGAGAUGAUGGAACACAACGAAGAAUUCCUGCCGCAUGGUAGUUCCCGAAGUUACAACAUGGCGAAAUCCGCUUCAACAUUCGAAGAUGGUGCUCAGGAGGACAGAGUGUCCGAAGAUGAUGAUGCUCUCGGUGUUGGCGAGGAGCGACCACAACCGCACAACAUGAUUGCGGACGAGAUUUUCCCCGCUGCUGUUAAUGAAGCGGCAGAUGAAAGAGAUAGAGAAGUCAUAGUCGAAGAAACAAUCACGACGACGGAUAACUACAUCUCCGAUCCAGUCAAGAAGGUCGAUCUCAUUCCAAGUUGUUACAAGCCCCGAGAAACUGCCACCGCUGGCACACAGACGACAGUGUGCACUUUGCCAUCCUUUAUUCCGAAAGUGAAAGCAAGCGCCGAAGCUUCUGCUGUGGCCAAAGCGAAGAUGACUGCGGCUGCAGCAGGGUCCAAUAGUAUCUCCACCGCAAUGAAGAAACCAGCUUCAACAGCGUCCGCCACAACUUCUGCGAAGGCAAAACAGCAGAACGGGAAAGCGAAAGCCGCGGCAUCCGCAUCUGCGAAGGCUAAAGCACAGGCGCAGCACCAGCUGCAGCCCAUGAAGCGGGCGACUGCUAGUAAUGCUGCUGCCGCACCUCCUGUGGAAAUUCCGGGGGGCGUCGGAGAGACCGACGACGAGCCGGCCGCCAAGAAGGCGAAGGCUUCUAGCAGUAGUUCUCGGUCCGCACCAACAUCUUCAGCAAGUACUGCAGCCUUCGCGAGGAAUCCACCCCCAGCCGCCCCUGCUGGUGAACAACAAAAAGCUGAGCUCGCUGGUAACAAAAUCGAAGAACGAGAGAUCCCCGCAAACGAACUGUUCGACCAGAUUUAUCCCCCCUUCGGAACAGCAGUCCUGGACGCGUCCUAUGCUGACAUGACGCAGCAGAUCCAAACUUUCUGCGAAGAAGCUUUCAAAAUGGUGAACACGAUGUCAGCCACGAGUAACUGCGGAAGUUCCGCGUCUUCACAAGUAUCGCGCAGCAAAUAUGAUGUCUGGUCUGUUCAAUGAAUAUCGCUUUUCGUUUUUGUUUUUCACUACAGUCUACAACUACACUACACGCACUCGGCCCAGAACGGUGUCACAGAAUUCGCAAAAAAUUCUUGAUAUUGAAGAAGCAUGACAACGGGAGCAUCGCAAUCGCUCUUUGCGCAACAUAAAAUGAAACCCAGUUGUUUUGAUGUUUGGCGGUUUUGCUUUUCCAACUACAAAAGAAGAUCCGGCUUUUCGGACUACAUGUUAUUUGCAAUGCAUAUUGUGUCUACCAAAACCAGUUCAACGUGCUGUUGCACCUGCAGGAGAAAACUGCGCACACGGACCCCAUGCAGCUCGUCGACACGGCUUUCGGGCGGAAACGUGGAGACGAAGGGUUUCAGAACACGGAGGUCGGAAAGUGGUACACGUUUUUCAGGGACAGUACGAAAACCGCGGUCGACGCGAUCGAGCGGACGUUGAAAACGGAGCAGCUGGCGUUUCACAACAGAAAACAGGAAUUCCUGGCGGAGCAGCGAAGAAAAAAGCGUGCGGAGGUGGACGAGCUGCUUCUGACCAAGCAAGAAAAAGACGAAAUGAAGAAUGCAAACGAAGGCAAAAAACUAGAACUAAAUGAACACCAAACGCGGACGAGUUGUGAUGUUGAACACGCGAAGGCAGGAGUGGAGCUUGACUCUCAAGAAGCGCCGGCAGCGAAAGCUGUAGCAGUAUCGUCUGCCAACCUGAUUCUGCGGGGACCGUCGCCUCAGAAGGCCAACGUGGGCGGCGCAGCUGCAUGCUCACCACCUCUCUUUGAUCUUGGGGACAAGAGCAGCCGCGACCUUGCGAACAAAGCACCGGCAUUGUUGGCGCAAGAGAACCAACCAGAGUUCGUAGCCACAGCCGCUUCAAGUGGUGGAGCAGAGCAAACAUUGCUGGGGGCGCACAGUCAAGAGAAGAGAAAAACGAAUGCGAAGGCAAAGGACGAGGACGACGAGGACCAGCGCCCGAGCUUGUUUUUCAGUAGCGGAGGAAUCGCGGUCACCGCAAAACCCGCCUGGGCGGCCAAGGUCGGAUACUACUUCAACAAAAUCUUACUUCCGGAAGUGUCGAACGCAUUAGCGCGGUACCACGAUAAGAUCAAGGCUGCGAACUUCCUCCGCACCGCGUCAUACCUCUUUUCUUACCACGCCAACGCGCCCGGCUGCGCGUGCUGCGGGAAACGCCAGAGCGAAGGCUUAUCUGCCUUGGGAAUCACACGUGGCGGCCACGUGCUUUGCGAGGACUGCGCCACUGGAAAGAAGUGCCCGGUCAGCAGGGCGAAAAUUCCCGCCUGGGAACCGCCACACUUUUACCUCGUGCCCUCUCCGGAACAAGGAGGGGCGUCGAAGGUAGCUACUUAGUUCAAUUCCUACUUUGCGGAAAUAGGUGGGCUUUACCAUAUGCUCUUCGCUUUUUCGAAGAAGAAAAGAAGACUAGGAGUCUAUAAUAUGACUUUCAAGAAGAUAAUAAGAAAUAUAGAAGUGCGUCGAUCUCGAUGAGCUUCAUCUUUAACCGUUUGAGUUUGAUAACUCGCGUUGCCAACCACUUCAUAUACAGGUUGGUGCUACUUCCUCCAGCUCGUCUUCUUUCAAUUUGGUCGUACCGCCGAACAGCUACGACCAUUUCGGUUCGAAAAUCCAAAGGAUUUGCGAAGUCCUGAAGCAUAUCCACGGCAAAAGUAUCGUACAAUUUCCACCAAUCGCGACAAUCUUCACGCAUAACCACAGACAUAGGGUUUUAUUUUUCGACGUUUGAAUCUGUAUUUUCUUCUGGAGAAAAAAACCUGCCAUACUGAUGCGAUUCUUUUGCACUUGCAUAAAGCAGAUCAAGAAGGACGAUCCCGGGUCGAAAGCGAUUGUGUUUUGUCAGUGGACGGACUUAAUGAAGAAGAUCGACGCGGCCUUCAAAGUCUACCAGUUUAAGUCGCGCAUGCUGAACAAAGCCAAUGCCAACACGCAGAACAAAGUGGUCCGCUGCUUCCAGAAGGACAAGGCGGACGAGUACGGGGAGAGUCCGUAUCUCCGAGAAAAACAGCUAGAGUAUGUAUGUUUACUGUAAAUGAAAAAUCCAAAUGGUGCAAAAGUCUACUUGCAGAGGACCCACGCGGCCAGCUAUGCGGCACUCACGGUCGCCGAUAUCGCUGAUGUUUUCUAGGUUCCGUUUUUCUACUGAUGUGAUCUUUUUGCAAAAAUACAAAUAUUGCGCGUAUGAUAUAUACUAGCAUUUUUCUCUGGGAGAAUUCGGAGAUUUUGUUGAUGUCCUUGGAGAACAAAGCAAGCGGAACUACGCUCACGAGGGUACAGCUUGCUUCGACUUUUCUUUCUUCCGAACGCGACGUAUUUAGUUUCGUAUAGAGAUGAGACUAUUCUAUGCGUCGCUUCGUUCUCAAAGCAUCAUUUGUCUGUGAUGAAUGUCGUUGGUCGUUUUUCGUACGGUUUCCUGGUCUGUUGCUGUUGCUGUUCGCCGAAGAACGAAGAGCGUUUUUUUCUGUAAGUAUCCUACGAAAAUCAAAUUCGAAUGUAAGUAAGUUCUCCACAGGCCCGGUACAUUUUGUUCGUGCACCCGGUCCUUGCAAAGUCCGCCGCUGAGUCGAUGGCGAUCGAGCAGCAGGCGCUUGGGCGGGUGCGGCGACUCGGCCAGACCGCCAGCGCGGUCAGUGUCUAUCGGUUCUACGCGUGCGGCACGGUGGAGGAGAAGCUGCACAAAAAACGAUUGAAGCAGCUGCAGAAGCAAGUAGCGGAAGUGGGCGAUGCAAAGCAGCAGGGUCGCCUCGCGAGUAGCGAUGUGCAGCCAAUGGACGUGGAAGGGUAG